ACCCUGCAGAACCCGUGCUGUCUUAUGGCCGAUGAUGCUGAGCUUCAGCAGGAGAUUCUCACCAAGACUCUCCGUGAGAUAGCACAUGAGGAACAGAAUAGUGAUGUCAAUCCCUGCGUGAUCUGCCUAGAGACUGUCACAGAUCCAGCCAUUACGGUGCCCUGCGGUCAUGCGAAUUUCGACUUUAUUUGUCUUGUGAGUUGGCUGGAAAACCGUCCAUGCUGUCCUCUCUGUAAGAGUGAUGUUACCGCGGUGAAAUACAGCCCCGAGGAUCCAGAUGGACCUAAGAUAUACAAACUUCCACCCCCGGCUACCAAAGAGCCAGUCUAUACAGGAGGACCUGCCUCACGGUCUCAGAUCCCUGGGGGUCCUCGUUUCCGCAGACGCCCUCAACGCCCACGUCCACAACACUCAGAACCGGAUAGCGCGCUCCAAAGACGACGUCAUAUCUAUCGCAACCAGCUAUAUUCUCUACGAGUUGGUUCGAAUCGCCUGUCCAGAUACCGCGAACUGACUCCAGAGCAUUUCAAUCGCGAUGACGAGCUUGUGUCUCGCGCACGCAAAUGGAUCCGGCGCGAACUCCGCGUCUUCACCUUUUUGAAUCCUGAAGAACGUUCAUCGCCACCUCCACAAGGAAUGAGUAGGGUGAAUGGCCCUGGACAGUCGAGACUAGAGAAUCGCAGGGCAAAUAGUGCCGAGUUUCUGCUAGAGUAUAUCAUCGCUAUUCUCCGCACGGUUGAUAUCAAGGGUAGCGCAGGCCAGGCGGAGGAGCUUCUUCGGGAUUUUCUAGGGAGAGAGAAUGCGCGUCUGUUUCUGCAUGAGUUGCAGGCAUGGUUGAGGAGUCCGUAUACAUCACUGGAAGAUUGGGACCGGAAUGUGCAGUAUGAAGACACGGUGAGAAGUAGGGACGCUACAACCAAUGAAGCUUCAGCCUCGGAUCGCACAGCGACGCCUGUUCUCAGGCAUCCCCGCCUCCAUAGAGGGAGAGUGUGGAAGCCAUAUUCUCCUAGACGGCAGGACCGGUCGAGAUCUCGGGAUUCCCGAACACGGGAUCGAAGGGUUCAGUAUGCUAGGGACAGAUACAUUCCCGAUUAG